AUGAGUAAGGAGCAGAAGAGGGAGCAUGAACGAGCAAAAGGCGGGGAGGAUACGAUACCCUGGAGGGCUCUCGUUUUUGGGUUAAUUGGAGCUUCUGCCGCUACGAUUGCCGCUUCAAAAUUGCCGUCACCUAAUUGGAUGUAUUCUCAGCUUACCAGGUUUGAAAAGUUUACCAAGUCAGAGACGGGGUCGAAGCGUUUGACAGAAUUUCGUGAGGAUGCUUGUAAAUUAUACGAAAGAUACAAGAGACAAUUACGCUUAUUGGCGUAUGAAGAUGAAAUAGACUGCCUGGGUUCUUUUGUGGUGAGAUCAAGGGCAAAACCAUAUACAGAUGAUGAAAUAAAGGUACUUCAUAUUGUUUCUGCAUCAGCUAAAUUUCUUUCCAGCUUUAAAUCAAAGAAUAUCCUUUUUGCAUUAUUGACAGCCUUUUGGGCAAAGAUAAUGGAGUGCCAUCCUGAUCAGAAUCAGGAUAAUAAAGAGUUUGCUGAAGCCAAAUUUAAGACCGUUAUGACGGCUUACAAGGCAAUAAUGGCACGAAACGAUGAAAAAUCCACACCAAUUUGA